UCCUCUGAGCUUCAAAGCAAUGGUGGGUGCGUCGCCGUCGACGCCGCCGCCGCCGCUUCCGAGAAGCACGGCCAUCUCUCCGGCGCUGUUGGGAUUCCUCUCUUCCUGCCUCCACACUGCUGACGACCUCUCCCGCGCAUCCGACCUAGAAGUUGAGCUUCGCUGCCGUUGCUCCGAUCUCGAGACGUCUCUCUCUGAUCUCGGACAAAGGCUCUCAGACUCUAUCGCCGCUCAUGCCUCAAGGUCGGCGGAUGCCCGUGGUCUCCUUGCCAGUGUCCGCACGGGGCUAACCCAAUUCCGAUCUCCUGCUUGUGGGUCACCUCGAGAUGGGAGGAGCGAGCAGAUCGUUGCGGAGGAGCUGCCGGCGUUGGCCAGAGAGGUGGCAAGGGUGGAGACUGUGCGAGCUUAUGCUGAGACAGCAUUAAAGCUUGACAGUCUGAUUGGUGAUGUUGAAGAUGCGGUUUUUUCUGUGGCUGGAAAACUUAGAGCUCCUAGUGCAGUUAAUUCAGAGGAAAUUCAUCUAACAGCCAGCAACUCUUUGAAGCAAAUAGAGGACAUCCUGACUUCUGUUUCCGGAUCAAGGCCACAGUGGACCCGCCUAGUCUCUGCUGUAGAUCACAGAGUUGAUCGAGCUUUAGCAGUUCUAAGACCACAGGCAAUUGCAGAUCACCGCUCUCUACUUGCAUCGCUUGGGUGGCCUCCUCCACUCUCCACUUCUAAUUCUGUGAAUUCUACCACAGUGAAAUCUGCAGAUUUUACCAAUCCUCUUUUCACAAUGAAUAAGGACUUGAAGACCAAGUAUUGCAAUAGUUUCCUUUCCCUAUGCAAGCUCCAGGAGCUGCAGAGUAGAAGGAAAUCCCGACAACUUGAAGGGCAUAAUCUGCAAAUAGCCCUACGCCAACCACUGUGGGUGAUUGAGGAGCUGGUUAAUCCAAUAUCACUGGCAUCACAGCGCCAUUUCUCAAAGUGGAUUGAGAAGCCAGAAUUCAUCUUUACUCUUGUCUACAAGAUCACCAGGGAUUUUGUGGACUCCAUGGAUGAGAUUUUACAACCUAUGGUUGACAAGGCAAGACUAGUGGGUUACAGUUGCAGGGAAGAGUGGAUUUCAGCUAUGGUGACCUCACUUACCACUUAUCUAGCAAAAGAGAUUUUCCCAAAAUAUAUAGAUCACCUGCAGGAAGGUGAUCUGAGUGAUGUCUCAUCACAGGCUAGGAUCUCUUGGCUUCAUCUCGUUGAUUUAAUGAUUACUUUUGAUAAGCGAGUUCAGUCCAUGAUAACAAAUUCAGGACUCUCAAUAUCUGUAGCAGAUGAAGAGAAUCUACAGAGGGUCUCAUUUCUUUCUGUUUUCUGUGAUCGCCCUGACUGGCUUGACAUAUGGGCUGAGAUUGAGCUUGCGGACGUGCUUUCUAAGCUGAAGCCAGCAAUAGAGGAUGAUAAGAUUUGGAAGACAAAGAUUCAGGGGACUGUGCUCAUGUCCGGUUCAGAGGAUUAUAAAUCUGCUGCAGUUUCUGGUGUUGUUCUGCAAUGCUUAUCAGCUAUCAUAGAUCGAUCUCGGCCAUUGCCAAGCAUUUCGCUUAGAACAAGGUUCAUCAGAUUGGCAGGGGCCCCUAUCAUUCGAGAAUUUUUGGAGUGCUUGCUUCGCCGCUGCCAGGAGGCAGAGGGGCUUACUGCCUUAGCAGAUGAUGAUGCUUUAACUAAAGUUUCUAACUCAAUUAACGCAGCUCGGUACUGUGAAUCGAUUUUAACAGAGUGGUGUGAGGAUGUCUUCUUUCUGGAAAUGGAAACAAUAUCCAAAGAGGGUAAUGGAGGGAGCUGUAUUUUUGAGGAAGAGCUUAAUGCAUUAAAGAAGUUCCGAAUUGAAUGGGUUGAUAAAAUCUCAACUGUGGUAUUAAGGGGGUUCGAUGCACGCUGCCGAGAAUACAUCAAGAACAGGAAGCAAUGGCAGGAGAAAGCUGAAGAAUGGACUGUGUCCAAAACCUUCCUAGCUGCCCUGGACUAUCUUCAAGGGAAGAUCUCUAAUCUUGAACAGGAAAUCAAUGGAACAGACUUUGUCGCAGUUUGGCGAACGGUAGCUGGUGCAGUGGAUCAGCUUCUUUUCAGUGGCAUUCUAAUGAGCAAUGCGAAGUUCUAUAAUGGUGGUGUGCAGAGGUUUGGCAGUGAUAUGGAAGUAUUGUUCCGGGUUUUUGCCGCGUGGUGUCUGAGGCCCGAAGGCUUCUUUCCGAGGUUAAGCGAGGCCUUGAGGAUGCUAAAGAUGGAGGAAAAGCAGCUUAAAGACGCAAUACUGAUAUCGAAAGAGAUAUGGUUAAAAGAGAAAGGCUUCAGACUUAUAACGACGGCAGAAGCCGAGAAAAUAAUCAAGAACAGGGUCUUUUCUGGAUGAUAUAUUUCAUCAAUCUUUGUGAUUCAUGUAACCAGAGCAAAAUAAACAAAGCAGAAGUAUUCUUUCAUUUUUUUGGGUUUCAAAGUCUUUUACUUACAUUUGGAGGUUGUAAAUUGUAUCAUUUUCACUGUUUAUUGAACUAGUUUUCAUGAUUCUGAGAUGCAGAAAUAAGAUUGUCAGGUUUGAUUCCA